AUGUCCUCGUCCUCUUCCUCCUCCCCGGUCCUCGAUGAAGCCCGCCGCAUCGCUGCCCAGUUCGAGUAUCCGGCGGAAGAGCUCAACCGCGGCGUCAGGGAGUUCAUCCGGGAGAUGCACGAGGGGCUGGAGGAGGAGGGUGCUACACUGCGUCAGAUUCCGACAUAUGUAACUGCCGUGCCAGAGGGUACGGAGAAGGGCGUCUACCUAGCCGUAGACCUAGGUGGAACCAACUUUCGCGUCUGCUCCGUAAAUCUCCACGGAGACUCGACCUUCUCCAUCUGCCAAUCCAAAGUCCCCAUCCCAAGCGCUCUCAUGACCACAAAGAAUAGCGCAGACCUCUUCUCCUUCCUCGCCCUCCAAAUCGAAAACUUCCUCGCAACUCACCAAUCCGAACACUUCGAUUUACACAUCAAGAAACGACAAACCGGUGAAAUUACAGCCCCUUACACAGACGACCAUAUCUUCAAUCUGGGCUUCACAUUCAGCUUCCCCGUCGACCAGCACGGGAUUAACAGCGGCACUCUCAUACGCUGGACGAAGGGGUUCGAUAUAAAAGAAGCUGUCGGGAAGGAUGUCUGCAAGUUGCUGCAGGACGCCAUAGAUGAGCGCAAGCUGCCCGUCCGCGUCGCGGCACUGGUCAACGAUACCGUCGGCACGCUCAUGGCGCGCUCGUAUAGCUCCCCUGGCCCAUCGAAGGCACUCAUAGGCGCCAUCUUCGGCACGGGCACAAAUGGCGCCUACGUCGAGAAGCUGGCGCGGGUAACCAAGUUGGAUAAGAAGAAUGGUAACAGCGCUGAUGCUAAAUAUGACAGGGCGACGGGUGAGAUGGUUAUUAAUGUUGAGUGGGGUAGCUUUGAUAACCAUCUCAGCGUCCUGCCAACUACGAUCUUCGAUAGCGACCUAGACAACGACAGCGUCAACCCAGGUAUUCAGAUGUUCGAAAAGCGCAUUUCGGGCAUGUUCCUAGGCGAGAUCCUGCGGCGCGCUCUGCUGUCCAUGGUCAAGGAUCCGGCUGUGAUGCUCUUCAACAACGAUUCCGCUGCUGGGCAAAACGGAUUAGUGACAAUCAUCCCGGCCGAUUCAGACCUUCACAAGCAAUGGGGCAUAGACACCAGCUUCCUCAGCACAGUGGAGGCGGACGAUUCACCAGCCUUCGAUACCACACGCAGCCAAGUGAGGCAGGAAUUCGGCAUCGAAAACGCAAGUACAGACGACUGUCACGCGGUGAAGAUUCUGGUGCACGCCAUUGGCAAGCGGGCGGCGCGGUUAAGUGCCCUUGCGCUUGGGGCGGUGAUUAUCUCCACAGACCGACUGAGGGGUGACGGGGUGGUGGAUAUUGGGGUUGAUGGGAGUGUUGUUGAGCAUUACCCAGGGUUUGAGGGGUAUUUGAGAGAGGCAUUUAGAGAGAUUGAGGGGAUUGGGGAGAAUGGGGAGGCUAGAAUUACGAUUGGUGUUGCGAAGGAUGGGAGUGGCGUUGGGGCGGCGCUUGGGGCGCUUGUGGCGGGGAGGACGGGUAGCAGGGAAUAG